UAGUCGCAGUGUGUUGACACCGUGAGAGCAAAGAUUGCAUCAGCACUAACGGUGUACACGGCGUGUUGCUUUUGUUAAACCGAUCAAGAGAAAAUAUUUGGAAAUAACUGUAUCUAAUUAAACGUCUUAGAUUUUCUGUCUAUUUUCAAUAAAUAAUGGCUGAUGGAGACAGAAAGAAACUUGUUGUUCUAGCCUACAGUGGUGGAUUAGAUACAUCAUGUAUUCUGGUGUGGCUGAAAGAACAAGGCUAUGAAGUUGUUGCUUACUUGGCAAAUAUUGGACAAGAUGAAGAUUUUAAUGCCAUUAAAGCUAAAGCUUUGAAGUUUGGAGCAUCUAAGAUGAUAAUUCCAGAUUUAAACAAAGAAUUUGUUGAAGAAUUCAUCUGGCCAGCUAUACAAGCUAAUGCUGUGUAUGAAGACCGUUAUUUAUUAGGCACUGCCUUGGCGCGUCCCUUAAUUGCUAGAGAAAUGAUUAAAGUUGUUAAGGAAGUUGGUGCUAAUUAUGUAGCUCAUGGUGCUACAGGCAAAGGAAAUGAUCAAAUACGUUUUGAACUUGGGGCGUACGCCUUACAUCCUACCAUACAGGUGAUAUCACCAUGGAGAUUACCUGAGUUUUAUAACAGAUUUAAAGGACGAGAUGAUUUAUUUGAAUAUGCUCAGAUAAAUGGAAUUCCUUUACCUGUGACUAAAUCUAGUCCAUGGAGUAUGGAUGCCAACAUGAUGCACAUAAGUUAUGAAUCUGGUGUGUUAGAGGAUCCCAAUCAUCAAGCACCACCAGGUAUUUGUCAGAUGAUAGUAGAUCCAGAAAAGGCUCCUGAUGUUCCUGAAAUAUUAGUCUUAGAAUUUAAAAAUGGUGUACCUAUUAAAGUUACCAAUAAAACAGAUUCUACAGAAAUAACCAAACCAUUAGAUCUAUUUCUCUAUCUUAAUAAAGUGGGUGGAAGAAAUGGUGUUGGCAAAAUUGAUAUUGUAGAAAAUCGAUUUAUAGGCAUGAAAUCUCGAGGUAUAUAUGAAACACCUGGAGGGACAAUAUUGUUAGCAGCACAUACUGAUAUAGAAGUCUUUACUAUGGAUAAGGAAGUAAGAAAAGUGAAGAGAGAGCUGGAUAUAAAGUUUGCUGAUCAAGUUUAUAGAGGUUUUUGGUUUAGUCCAGAAUGUGAAUUUACACGAUAUUGUAUUAAUAAAAGUCAGGAAUCUGUAGAAGGAAAAGUAACGCUAAAAAUUUAUAAAGGUGGUAUUUAUAUCUUGGCUAGAGAAUCUCCACUAUCAUUGUAUAAUGAAGAAUUAGUCAGUAUGAAUGUGCAGGGAGAAUAUGAACCUACUGAUGCUGGUGGAUUCAUUAAAGUAAACGCUCUACGGUUGAGAGAAUAUUGUCGAUUACGAGAAAAGUCAAACUAAAUGAGAAGAUUAUUAUAAGAGAGUUUAGUCAGGUCUCUUAUGUGCCAUUUAAUACUGUAUAUGUAUUGUAUCUUUUAAUUAAUUUAUUGCAUGCUGUAACAGAUAUAAAAGUUAUUUAUACAUGUUAAUUUUAUUAAAGGUCAUGUACAAUAA